GUGGGGGGGAUGGGGAGGAGGGGUGGGAUGGUGGACCGGGAUAAGGAUGUGGGUUAGUGUCUUUGGGGAAAGGGGUUCCGAUAGAAUUUCCGCUCUGGGGCAUGAGGGGUCUUCGGGGCAAGCCGCACAGAGUCGUGAGGAGACGCCGCAAGGCCCGGCGCCGGAGCGCCCGAGGCCGGGCCCGGGUCCACGGGUGGUCGCACCUGGACCCGGGAAGCAGAGGGGCACAGAUGCUGCGAGAAAAUGUGUGGGUGCCCUGGAACGGGCUCAUUGUGAUCGGGAAGAGAAUGGAGCUCCUGGGUAGAAAUACCCAAAAGCCUCCAGUGGGCGACCCAAAGCUUGACCCUCAGCACUGGAGACCGGAAGAAGUGGGAAAAGUGGUCUUGAAAGCGAAGUCAGGCCAGAGUCCGGAAAGGAUGGAUAUGAAGUUACUGCGCAGUGUAGCAAGUUCAUUACAGGCUCCAGCAGGUUUGGGGAAAAACAGCCCAAAGGAAAUGGGGGGACAAAAUAGAGACAAAAUAGGUGCUGAAUCUGAGAGUGCAGGGACUACAGCAGGGUCUAGGAGGGGGUCUGGCUUUAAAGAGAGGUUGAAAUUUAGUGGGGUGGGGAUCAGAGGAGAGGACUUGAGAUCCGGACCACAUACACCAGAGCAGAAUGAGGAGGAGCUGAGGUCGAGUGGAGAGAAGCUGAGUGGAGAGCAGCUGAGAUCAAGUGGAGAGAAGCUGAGUGGAGAGCAGCUGAGUGGAGAGAAGCCUAGGUCAAGUGGAGAGCAGCUGAGUGGAGAAAAGCCUAGGUCAAGGGGAGAGCAGCUGAGUGGAGAGAAGUUGACAUCAAGUGAGAAGCUGAGUCUGAGUGAAGAGAAGCUGAGGUCAAGUGGAGAGAAGGAGGGCUCCAGGGAAGAGAAGCCAGAAAAUAGCGGAGAGGAUUUGAGAUCUGCUGGAGAUAAACUGAAGUCAAGUGCAAACAAGUUGGAGGGUUCAGGGAUGGAGAGUGUAACUGAAGAGACAACUGAAAGAGUGGUAGAAGUGACUAAUGAUGAAAAACAGAUGAAAGUUACCGAUGCUGAGAUGGAAAAUCCUUUUGAAAGGGUGGAAGGGAGUGAUAAGGAGCUACAAGGGACUGAGGAAGCAGUGGGAGUUGAGAAGGAUGUCUUGGGCGGAGUGAAUGAUCCUGCUGAGGAAUCUGUUUCUAUCGAAGAGAAAGAGGUUAUAGAUGAAGAUGAUGAUGAGUGAGGCUGAUGAAGGACUGGAGAUAGCGAAGGAAACAGAGGCAGCGGAAGUGGUGCAAGUCAAGGAGGAGAAAUUAGAGCCAAGCAGAGCGGUACUGACCGUGAAGAGGUAAAUAUGAGAGAGGAAAGGAGAGGCUGGGAAUGAAGAGCUUUUGAGGAUGGAGGUGGAGGCUAGGGCCAAAGGAAAUGAAGAAGAAUGAGAACAAGGGGAAUGGGAACAUUUUGAGGAG